AUGGAGUCCCAGGUGCGUCAGAACUUCCAUGCUGACUGUGAGGCUGCUGUGAACUGCAUGGUGAAUAUGGAGCUGUAUGCUAGUUAUGUCUACCUGUCUAUGUCCUACUACUUUGAUCGUGAUGAUGUAGCCCUCAGACAUGUAGCAAAGUUCCUCAAGGAGCAGUCCCAUGAGGAGAGGGAGCAUGCAGAAAAGUUCCUGACCUACCAGAACAAGCGAGGGGGGCGUGUUGUCCUGCAGGAUAUCCAGAAACCAGAGCAGGAUGAGUGGGGAAACAGCCUGGAGGCCCUGCAAUGUGCCCUGCAGCUGGAGAAGACUAUAAACCAGGCUCUUCUGGACCUGCACAAGCUGGCUACUGAGAAGAAUGACCCCCAUCUCUGUGACUUCCUGGAGUCUAACUACCUAGAGGAGCAGGUGAAGGCCAUCAAGCAGCUGGGAGACCAUGUCACCAACCUGAAGCGCCUGGGAGUGCCCCAGAAUGGCAUGGGAGAGUACCUGUUUGACAAGCACACCCUGGGGGAGAGCAGCUGA